CAUAUGUACUACUGACCUGUUUUUCACUGACUGGUUCCCAAUAAACGUCAUCUGUGUUGCAAUGAGUGUUGUAGUAGAAUUUUUGCGCAGCUCCUCCGAUUUUCUGUUCUCUCCAGGGUGGUUCCUGUGUGUACUUACCGGACUUCUGGCGCUUUAUCACUACGGGUUUCAAUGUACGCGUUACGCGAAACUGGGGAACAAGCUUCCAGGACUUCCCUUUACUCUUCCAAUUCUAGGAAAUGCACUGAUGGUGCUGAAUAAAACCCCAACAGAAAUUUUCGAGUACGCGUUAAAAGUAUACAACGAGCAAGGGAACAUCACCAGACUAUGGUUAAUGAAUAAAUUGGUCGUGGUUUUGGUCGACCCACGAGACGUAGAAGUAAUCUUGGGGAGCAACUCCCACUUGGAAAAGAGUUCCGAAUACCAUCUUUUCGAGCCUUGGUUGGGCGACGGAAUUCUAAUCAAUAAAGGCGAGAAAUGGAGGACCCACCGAAAAAUGAUAGUCCCUACUUUCCAUCAAUCCAUCCUGAAGACUUUCGUGCCUGUUUUUAGCAAAAACGCCAACGACUUAGUCGAAUUGUUGAGGAACGAAGUGGUUGGGAAAGUUUGUGAUGUCCAUGACUACACGAGUGAGGCCACCGUGGACGUCCUCUUAGAAACCGUAAUGGGUAUCAAGAAAACUAAAGAAUCAAAAUCGAGCUUCGACUACGCCAAAGCCGUAACGGACAUGUGUGGUAUUCUUCACCUCCGACACGUGCGUCUGUGGAUGCGCCCGGACUUCCUCUUCCGGUUUACCAAACAAUUCAAAGAACAAAUUUCGCACUUGAAUAUCAUCCACACUUUAACUGACUCGAUUAUCAAAAAAAAGAAGUUAGAGUUCGUCGAGCGGAAGAAGAAAGGCGACGUAAGUUUGUAUGAAGCCGCUGUUAAAGAAACCGACUUGGAAGAACAAGGGUUGAGUUCUCCUCGAGACGACCAAUGCGAUGACAACGUCGGCGAGAAAAAGCGCUUAGCGUUUUUAGAUUUUAUGAUAGAAGCGAGUCAGAUUUUGGGCAACAAGUUGAGCGACGAAGAAAUCCGGGAGGAAGUUAACACGAUUUUGUUUGAAGGUCAUGAGACGAUGGCGGUGACUUCCAGCUUCUUUCUUUGCAUUCUAGGGGUGUAUCCGGACGUUCAAGAGAACGUCUAUCAGGAAAUGAGGGAUAUUUUUCAAGGUAGUGAUCGUACUGUUACUUUCAACGACACUUUGGAGAUGAAAUACCUGGAAAGGGUGCUCCUGGAGGGUCUAAGAAUGUUUUCGCCGGUUCCCGUUAUCACUAGAAUAAUCCGAGAGGAAGUUAAAUUAGCUUCUGGAGAUUAUAUUUUGCCGAAGGGCACCACUGUGGCGAUUCCGCCUUUUCUGAUUCAUCGCAACACUAAACACUAUCCGAAUCCUGAAAAGUUCGACCCUGAUAAUUUCCUACCCGAAAGGUGUCAACAGAGGCACUAUUACAGUUUUAUUCCUUUCAGUGCCGGCCCCAGGAAUUGCGUUGGGAGAAAAUACGCAAUGUUGAGACUCAAAGUCCUGCUGUCUACUCUCGUUCGCAAUUUUAAAGUUACCUCAGUAGUGGACGUAAAAGACUUCAAGUUGCAAGGAGACAUCAUUUUGAAGAGGUCAGACGGCUUUCGGGUUAUUUUACAGAACAGAAAUUAA